AUGAUAAAUUGUAGUCCAGUUUCUUCUCCUAUAGCAACAGGCAUAAAACUUAGCAGAGAAGAUAAUGAGAUGGAUUUUGACACAACUAUAUUCAGAAAAUUGGUUGGCAGUUUGAUGUAUUUGACAGCAACUAGGCCGGAUAUAAUGUAUGGAGUCAGUCUAAUUUCUAGAUUUAUGGACUCACCCAAAAAUUCACAUUGGCAAGCAGGAAAAAGAAUAUUGAGAUAUAUUGCAGGAACCCUGGAUUAUGGAAUAUUGUAUUCCAUCACAAAUGAUUUUCAAUUGAUUGGAUAUACUGACAGUGAUUUUGCAGGAAAUAUAGUUGAUCGAAAGAGUACAUCUGGAUAUGCAUUUCAUCUUGGAACAGGUAUUGUGGCAUGGGCAUCAAAGAAGCAGCCAAUCGUGACAAUUUCAUCAGCAGAAGCGGAGUAUGUGGCAGAAAAUCUCUUGGUUUCUGUUUUUCUUCUGUCUCUGCCCACCUUCAUCACAAUCUUUCAUUUUCCUACAAACAUUAAAAAAUAA